GAAAUAGAGGGGCGGGUCAAAGGAGGCGCGGUCUUCUAGGUAUGGCCGGGUUGGUUCGGGCUCCCGGUGCCGCACUUCGGCAGCAAUGUUGCCGGCUGUGGCGCCUGUUCCCUCACUGCCUCGCACUCGGGGAGAUGCCGCCCUGCCUGCGGCCGGGGCAGGCGCCCUGGGGCUUGGCGCUCCCGCACUGCCGCGGGGGAAGCCGGGCCUGGAGCUCAGCGGCGCCGACACCGCCGGGGCCUACAGGGCCCCAGCCCAAGGGCGGCCGAGGCCCCUCGAAGUCCGGGCCUGUUUCUUGGAAGUCUUUAGCGGUCACCUUUGCCAUUGGAGGAGCUUUAUUGGCUGGAAUGAAAUACUUCCAGAAGGAGAAGAUUGAGAAACUAGAGAAGCAACGACAUCGAAGUAUCGGAAAGCCUUUGCUUGGGGGACCAUUUUCCCUCAUAACUCAUGUUGGAGAACCCAAAACUGACAAGGACUAUCUGGGUCAGUGGGUAUUGAUUUAUUUUGGCUUCACUCAUUGCCCUGAUAUCUGCCCAGAAGAACUAGAAAAAAUGAUUCAAGUCGUGGAUGAAAUCGAUAGUAUUACAUCUCUGCCAAAUUUAACUCCACUUUUCAUCACCAUUGACCCAGAAAGGGACACAAAAGAAGCCGUUGCAAAUUAUGUGAAAGAAUUUUCUCCCAAAUUGGUUGGCUUGACUGGCACAAAAGAAGAGAUUGACCGAGUGGCCAGAGCUUACAGGGUGUAUUACAGCCCUGGCCCUAAGGAUGAGGAUGAGGACUAUAUAGUGGAUCACACGAUAAUAAUGUACUUGAUUGGACCAGAUGGAGAGUUUCUAGAUUAUUUUGGCCAAAACAAGAAGAAUGUAGAAAUAGCUGGUUCAAUUGCUGCACACAUGAGGUCCCACAUGAAAAAGAGGUAGCCAGAGUGGCAUCAUGGGAUGCAGAAUUCUCUUGCUAAAGAUGAAGGAAGCUUUGUCUCCCAUAGGAGCCAAUAGGAUAUUACCUUUUGGUUCCGCCAAGACUGAAGAUAUUAACCCAGUAGCCAUGUAGCUGCUGUGAGUCCAAAGGGCCAGGAUACGUGGAGCCAGUGGAGUGCAGGCCUCACAGAAGCAGCAGGGAGAGGCGCACUGGUGCAUCUCCUUGGAAACCUGCUCUUGGACCAGCGCUGCCGCCUCGCCAGUGUCUGGAGCAGAUUGUGAGGCCUCGUUCUACAGAAAGGAUUGCUGUUUCCACAGUGUUCUUCACAGUGUUCUUCAUCCUGUGCUCGGUGACUGAUAAGCUCUGUACCAUUCAGUCUUCAUUCAGAUUUAACCUUCGCACUUGAAAGCAGAAGCUUCGUCUUCCUUUUCAGUGAGUAAUCACUGUCAGGUUCAUGUUUGAUUUCCCCCUCAGCAGCUUCUGAUUUGACUACUGAAAAAGAAAAACUUACUGUUUGGAGGUAACUCUGUUCAGUCCUGCUUUUUUAAUUUGCCACGUUUUCAGUGGCAUACCAAGUAGAAACAAGGAUAUUGAUCAUGGCUGGGAUAGAAUUUUUUUUUUUCAUGUACCAGAAAUUUUUUUUUUCAUGUACUGCAUAUAAAAUAAAAAUAUAAUAAUCGGGUUUGCCACUUGGACAAAUAUGGCUUUUCUCCUGGGUCAAGAGUGGAUGGUAGUUGGCAGCACACAGCUCUCAGGGUGGUGUGGGUGGUGUACCUAGGUAGAUGGGCAGGUGCUAGGUCAGCUUUGAGUCCAGGUGGAAUGCAGAGACCUGGGUAUUUCCAGAAGAUGGUGACCCAGGUAGUGGUGAUCUAAGACCACUCCCAGCAGAAGUAUCUCAUGGAGAAAUAAUAACUUCAGCCAACCUUUGGUAUGUCAGUAGCUGUUAAAAUGCUUAUUGAGUGAUGGAUCUUAGCUUUUGUUUCUGAGUUAAGCUUCCUGCUAUCUAGACUUGACUGUCACCUUUUCACCUUAAACCUGCUGUCGUAGGGCAAAGUUCUCAACAGUUUUUCAGUAAACUCUAAUUUGCUACAAAUACAGUGAUUUAUUAGAACACAUUCUUUUCAUAUACUAGUUAGGCUUUGAUAUGGACAUAAUAUAGGGUCGUCUUUUUGGUUUCUGAAUUCUUUUAUCAAUAUUUAAACCAAAGUGAAAGAAAACUGUGUAGCUGUUGCAGGCUGAAUCAGGUCCUCCAUAGUUCGUAUGUCCAAGUCCUGAAAUCCUCACCAGAAUAUGUGAGGAUUAUAAAUAUUAAAUAUUGUCUGUAUUUGGAGAUUAAAUCUUUAAGGAAGUAAUUAAAAUGAGGCCAUUAGGGUAGGUUAUCCCUAAGCCAGUAUUACUGAUGCCCUUAAAAGAAGGAGAUCAGGACACAGAACAACAGGUAGAAACACAGAAGAUGUCCGUUCAUAAGCCUCAGAGGUGUGCAGAAGAAUCCAAUGCCUGACACCUUGGUCUUGGACUGCCAAGCUCCAGAAGUGUAAGAAAAUAAACAUCUGCCGUUUAAACCAUUCAGUACUUGGGUUUUGGUAUUGUGCUGAGGUAGCCCUGGCAAACCAGUAUAAUAGCCCUUAAUAAACAACUGGAAGAUUUAGUUCACCUCACAAGAAAGUGGUUUAGAAUGACUUUCUCAGGAGCUUUCUGAAGACUAAUCUCUCAUAAGAAGAAAAAUAGUUUCUAAAAUGACAAGCAUUUUAAAAGAUGGUCCGUUUUAAGCCCCAAACACUUGUGUGGCUCAGUGUGCAGCGGACUUGCUCAUUCUCAGCUGUUGCAGGUUAGCACUUGUGUGAUGGUCCCAGAUGGGAACAGCAGCUUUUAAAGAACCCUUUCAUUUGCUCUUCAUCCAGUAUCAAGCUUAAAGGCUUAGGAUGGAGCCAAGGAAGGGGCCUCAGGGACGAUCUCCCUUUUUUGUGACAAAAGGGGCAACCCCAGAUAAUUUUUCUUUAGGUCUCCACUUGUUCCACUACUGUGGCACACUUUUGGUGACCGUAUGAAUCUGACCAGAACUGGGUUUCACUGCCAGUAAGACUGGGAGGAGGGCUAUGUGUGCACCUACGUAUGCACAUAUAUGUGCAUAGAAGCCAGGAGUUGACAUUAAAUGUCCUUGAUCACUCUGCACUUUAUUUUUUGAGAUAGUCUCAUGAUCCUGGGGCUCAUUGUUUCAGCUAGGCUGGGUGGCCAGAGAGCUCCAAGUUCUACCUGUCCCUCCUCCACCCAUUGCUGGGGUUACAGGCAUGUGUCCCUGUCUUUGACUUUUUUUGUGUGUAGGUGCUGGGGAUCUGAACUGAGGCAUGCGCGCCAUCUCCUCAACCCAGAAGACCACCUCUAGAUCUUGUGUCUUAGGCAUUCAAAGUCGAGGCUGUCUUUCAGCUGAGUCCCUCUUAAAAAUCUUUAUCUGAGUAGUGUCUCUACUGGGUUCUGGUGUGGAAUGAGUAUGUUGAGGAAUGCUAUUGAUUUAUAUGAAAAUCAUAAGAAAUCUUGUCCACCAUAGGUAUGCAUCUGUAGUACAUGUGGCUUUCCUGGGCCUAGUCCUUUCCUUAUUGAGUGCUGAGAUUUCCUAAACACCUGUAAACACUUGUAUCAGUUAGCAGACUUAUAAAAACCCAGAGAAAUGAUUCAAAAUAGUAAAUGGAUCUACAUAGGACAUUUAAAACUAUUUUUUAUUGUUUUAAAAUAUAUAUAAAAAAGAUUAAUCAUCUCAAACAUCCAUCUUGCACAGUUUAAAUCUGUAUGUGUAUAUAUGUGUAUGGGUUGCUUUUAAAAGAACAUUGUUCAUUUUUUCAUCUAUUUAUACUUUUUCUUGAACUUAUUAAGUCACAUUACUGUAUAAUGGUAUGGGAGAUUAUUCAUAAUUAAUACCUUUAAAACAGGAGGUAAUUGUUUUU